AUGACAGACAGGCUCAGGUUAAAGCAACAGCAACUGCUGCUACUGUGGAUUCUGUCUCUGCUCCUGUACGCUGCUGCUGAAGCGGAGCCCCCCUGUCCUCGGGGGGGUAGGAUCCACUUGUCCAGUGUGAGAUGUUACUGGAUCUCUGAGCAGACGUCCUCCUGGUCUGAAGCACAGCGUUCAUGCAGAGGAACUCCAGGAGGGGACCUGGCGUCUGCAGACAGUCUGGAGCUACAGACCUUCAUCCGCGUCUCGUUUCCAGUUAAAACCACCGUGUGGAUAUGGCUGAAGAGGUUUGGUAGUGAAGAGCAGGUUCUGAAUGGAGGAUGCACUCAGAUGGCACUGGGUGGAGUGGGACAGUGGAGGACAGAGAAGUGCUCUGGACAACACGUCUACCUGUGUGAGACGGACAUGACUGAGGCGUUACCACCGGCAGACAGUUACCAGACUGGACUGGUUCUAUUGAGUGGCGUCUAUGAUCAAACUCAGAUCCAGCCUCUCCUCAGUGUCCCAGAAAUUGGACCACAUACAGUGGAGAUGCAGCUGUUCCCUGGGCUGUGGUUCAGUCAUGCAGGUCAGUUGGUGAAAGUCCAGCUGGUGGUUCUGCCGAGCCCCCAGUUGUCCCUGGCUCGGGUUCAGAUCCUCCGUCCCUACUGCGACCCCAACCACUAUCUGGUUCCUCCAGGUUGCAGCUCUCUCCUCAACCCAUUCAGCUGCUGCUCACCUGUGCCGCUGUGCAACACCACCGGAGGCUGCAGUGUGGGACUGUAUUGGUGCCACCUGCUGGAGGUCUGUGUGCCCAUCACCCGUCCCUGUAGUCCCUACGAUUCUGCAGCAAAACACAGAGGUUUUGCCUUACCCCCAAGAUACACUGCCAUACCACCUUUCUACCACAUAGUGGCAGAUCUUUCCCUGAGAAUCAACCCGAGCUCUGAAGUGAAGACCAUGAGUUCACACCAGUGUGACCAGUUCUCUCCUCAACAGGUGGACCUCCCAGAUGCAGAGAUAAUGGUCUACCCUGAUGACAUCAUAGCCAUACAGCACACCCGUGCUUCUGGAACUUUCCUCCACUGCCUCGACAGUGAAGCCUCUUCAAACUCCUCAUGGCGCCAGAGUUACCUGUCCCUCCAGGGCUCAGAAUGGGAAGGUUGGUGGCAAGGAGGCCUCACACCAUCAUCCCAGAAAGACCAGUGGGUGGACGGGGUGGUCUGCGAUCUGAGCAUGUCGUAUGUUGACACUCUUGGUAGAGGUACGGAGCUGGACGGACUCUUUGGCUUCACCCACACAGAAGAAACAACAGCUCCUGAUAUUAGACCUGCGGCGACCAGUCCACCUCCAGACUCAAGAUCUAAACUUGAUCUUAGCGUCAUCCACCCUCUGCUGGACAAACACAAUCAAAUCCAUGUCCUAAUCAACGUCCCGACAUUUAUUGUGGUAAAAUUACGAUCUGGACAGAAGGCCAGGAGCUUCUGGUCUGCCCCUGUGCUCCAAACUGGGGUUCCAUUUCUUCCGUCUUGUCCUGAAGAGUUGGCCUUUUCUUGGUCUGGCUGUAGUAAACAGUCCAGUGAUGAAUGGUUCUCCACAGCUACUCUUAUGUUGCCCGUGGUUGGGGUUCAGACAUUGAACAUCAGGGUGGAGGACGCAGUGAACCCUGAGAUUGGGGAGAGUUUGAGUGUGGAAGUGCACGGCUACGAGGCGGUGACAGGACUGAGGCUGGAGCCACGUGGGUGUCUGAGGAUGCUGGUGGACACGUCACAGUUAUUAACAGCCAGAGUUGAAGCUGGUUCCUCGGUGAAGUUCACCUGGGUUAUUGACGACCUGGAGAGGUUUGCUUAUGAAGGUGAAUCUUACAGCGUUGCAUUCAGGAACCCUGCUGAAUAUAAAGUCACGACUCAGCAGGUGGUUUUAAUGGCUGAUCACAUGACACCACUGGCCGAGGCAGAGUUCCUGUCAGUUCAGGGAGUUGUAGCUGUGAAUGCAACACAUCUUUACACCAUCAGAGUCAAAGUGGACGUCUCCCUGCCUGUCACCUUCAGGUGGGAUUUUGGGGACAGCAAUGAAAGGAUUGACCACCCCCACUCUGCCCCGUGUCAGCUCACCGAGGGACUUGUGCAGAGAGGAAUGAAGCAGCUGUACGUCCAGGACUCGGUGAACUACACGUAUACCAAACCAGGUGACUUCAAACUUCAAGUCCAAAUCUCUAACCAACAUGAAAGCAUCGAUGCAUCAAUGAAGAUCGAUGUCCACCCUCUACUCAGACAGGUCCAUAUUUCCUGUGCUCCACCAGUGCCUCUUGUCAACCAUUCACUUCUUCUAGAAGCAUCUGUAGAACCCUCUGUGGAUAAUGUGGUCUAUACUUGGGAUUUUGGGGACGGAUCCAAAUCUGUUCAAGGCAUCAACCACAGAGUCAGUCACACUUUUGGAUCUGCUGGCCUUUAUAACGUCACAGUGUGUGUCAACAACGCUCUGACUACUGUAACCACCUGGAUCAUGCUGGGAGUCAUGGAGAAGAUCUCAGGACUGAGCCUGAGCUCCAGCGGCAGCGGUGAAGUCAACUCUGCUGUGGCUUUCAGAGCUCAGGUUGCCACAGGUUCAAGUCUCAUCUGGGAGUACGACUUUGGUGAUGGGUUUCUGCUGGGAAAUCUUACAGAAGAUUCAAUCUCACAUGUCUAUAAGUCUCCGGGAAAUUACACUGCUGUCCUUACUGUCUCUAAUGUUGUCAACACAGUUCAGGAGUCCAUCAAAGUGGAGAUCUACAGUCUGACCAUCAAAGAAAUUCUACCGACAGAAUGUGUCAUGAAUAGAAGAGAUGUGGAAAUGGCAGCUGUUGUGACGGGGAACAUACCUCUGUUGACCUUCCACUGGCAGUUUGAUGAUGGAUCACCACUGACUGUAGUGACUGGAAAAUCCAAAACUAUUCAUUAUUUUCCAAAACCUGGAAUUUUCCAUCUUAACGUGACUGUGUUUAGUUCUGCUUCAUCAGCGUCUUUUAUCACAAGUAUUUGUGUCGAAGCACCAAUAACCGAUGUGACAGUGGAGGCUUCCAGUGACGUUGCAGCAGUUGGAGAAGAGGUUUGCUUCAAGGUGUCAGUUUCCCCCGAACAGGUGACAGGUUAUCAGUUUAGGUGGUUGAACACCUCCUUGAGGGUUGGCGCCCCGACUGGAAACUCCGAGAAGUGUUUAGUCUUCAGAGAUGAAGGUGUCGAGGAGAUAUCAGUGGAAGCUAGGAAUCAAGUCAGCGACAGAACAGCAAAGUUCAUCAUCACCAUCCAAAAACCUGUGAGUCAGCUGUCUGUGGUGCAUGAAAUCCAAGAAGAGAACUCUCUGACAGCCAAUACGCCGGUGGCAUUUUGGACUGUUCAUUGCAGCGGAAGCAACGUGUCAGUACUGUGGGACUUUGGAGAUGGGUCUCCAUCAGAGCAAAAGGAAAAUGUAUCACAUGUCUUCACCUCCACUGGUCAGUUCACAGUCACGGCCACAGCCAGCAACUUGGUCAGCAGAGCAUCUGCAACUGUCACAGUGUCUGUGGUCCUUCCAGUUUCUGACCUGUCUCUUCACACCAACCAAUCCUUUGCUGCAGUAGGGGAAGAUAUAGUCAUCACAGCAGUCAGUAGUGUUACCAGUAGCAUGACCUACUACUGGACAGUUGAGGGACUGACUACAACCCAGCAGGGAAGUGACCAGUUCAGCUGUUCCUUUCCUGUAGCUGGUGUAUUCCAGGUGAAGGUUGUAGCUCAGAACUUGGUCAGUAGCUCGGAGGCUACAGUUAUUAUCCAAGUCCUUGAAAGAAUACAAGGUCUUCAGAUAACGUGUCUCACCUUGACAAAGAAGAAAUAUGUACCCACCAAAGAGGAACAACAGUUGACUGCUCUAAUUUCCAAAGGUUCUAAUGUCACCUUCCAGUGGCUGGUGACACAGAGUGGUAGAACUCUGGAGAUGACUGGUCAAGGGGAGAAAUUCAAAUUGUCAGUUGAUAACCCUGGUGAAGUGUCGGUUCGAGUAAAAGCUCACAACCAGUUGGGUGAGGCUAGCAGCGAUGUUUUGCUGGUAGCAGUAGAACGCGUUUCAAGUGUGCGUAUUACGGCAAGCUCAACUAUCGUGGCUUUGGAGAAAUCAGUGAAUAUUUCCGUAGCUGUAAUCAGUGGGUCAGACCUCCAGUACCUCUGGUUUGUGGACUUUGAUCAGUUGCCCCUGAAGACACUGGCACCAUGGCUUCUCUACCACUUCACCGGUCUGGGCAGUCGUCCUGUCACUGUCGUUGUUCAGAAUGUUCUCAGCAAAAACAAUGACACCAAAGAGUUCAUGGUCCAGGAGGAGGUUGGAGAGGUGGACUUCAAAAUCAACGGAAAGUUGCAUCCAUUUUACAUCGACACAUUUGCUGCUGUUUUACUCCAUGGAGUGGCCCCCGCGGGCAGUGACCUGCACUGGCACUGGGGCGUUGGAAACACCAAAGACAACAUUUUAAAUUCUACAAAUCAAACAUUUAACUAUACCUUUUCUCGUGCAGACAUAUACCAGGUAACGUUGAACGUCUCCAAUGAGAUCAAUUGGAAAAUGGUUUCCCAUAAAGUCACAGUUCAGGAUGGAAUUACGGGUCUUGAGCUCAGUGUUAGCAGGGAUUCUCUCUGUCAUGGAGAACACGUCAGUUUUGUUCCGUCAGUUUCCACAGGAAGUGAUGUAAGCUUUGUUCUAACUUUACUAAACAAUGACUGGAUACACAGUGAGGAUAUUGUCCAAGCACAGUACACAACAUCAAGCCUUCCAGCUGGGAGAUACCUGGUGACUUUACGAGCUCGGAACCUGGUCAGUCGUGCAGAGGUGUCCUCCAGUUUAGUGGUCGCUGAAAACAUCCAUGGAUUGCAACUUGUUGGCUGUUGUUCUGCUGCGGUGGAGGUUCUUCAAGAACUCACCUUCAGAGCAGUGGUUCCAGGUGGGUCUCCACUUAAUCACACCUGGACUUUUGACUUGAAUAGACUGGAACCUGUACGACUCAGUGGGCAGGAAGUAACGUUUACCCCCAAAGAGAGCGGUUUAUUGUCUGUUAGCAUGGAAGCUAGUAAUGGCGGCUGCUUCCAUGUGCUGACUGAGAAGGUUCUGGUGGAGUGGCCAGUUAGGAACAUCAGUCUUCACUGUCAUUCAAAGAGGACGUAUGUUGGACACACUGUCCAGUUCUCUGCAAGAGUUGAGGGAGGAAGCAACACCAGUUACACCUGGGAUUUUGGUGAUUCCAGUGAAGGGCUGACGACAGACACAGUGGUUGUCAGCCAUGUUUAUUACAGUCCAGGGAAAUACAGUGUGUCUCUACAAGUUUACAACAAUGUGAGUCACAUGUGCUCUCAGACUGACGUUGAAGUGGAGGAGCUCCAGUGUUCCAGCCCUGGGGUUUCCCUUGGUCAAAGGAAGUUCAUGAUCUACAGGUCUAGAACUAAUCUGAUCGAAGUUCACGUGGACAAUAACUGCUCCACCUACAAGACCAUCUAUCAGUGGGAGAUCUUUACAGGAUCAGAUUGUACCAGAGGAAAUAGGAUGACUUGGUCAAGUCCUGUGGAUGGAGCUUCGCCGGUCCUUUUCCUACCACAGCGUACUCUUGACGUAGGACAGUACUGGCUCCUCCUUACUGUUUCAUUCCAGGGAACUCCUGUAGUUAUCCAGCGGACUGCUAACCUCACAGUGCUACAUUCCCCACUGGUACCUGUUAUCAAAGGGGGUUCACACAAACAGUGGUCCAGCCUCACUGAUCUCAUCCUGGAUGGAUCUGAGUCUGAAGACCCUGAUGUGGAACCAGGAGCAGAGGAUAUGUUACAGUACCACUGGACCUUCAUCAACAUGGUAACUGUGUGUGAGGCUCCAGUGCUUCCUGUUACUGUGAAGUGUGUGUCCUGUUUUGCCCUCUCCUCACGCUACACCAGUGGUUCCACUGACCUUAUUUUGGUUGGACAGUGUGAACAGUGUGAUGACCAGACUCUGUACAAAUGGAACGUUGAAGUCCAGAAUGGCAUGACCUUUGACCUUAAUGACAUUGCCGCCACAACUGGAAGUCAUUCCCCGAAGUUGGUGGUGCGUUCUGGUGUCCUUCAGCCAGGACUGACCUAUACAUUCACUCUGGAUGUAAGCCAGUCUGGGGGAGGUCAGCGGGGCAGCGCUGGUCAGACUGUCAGUCUCAGUAACCCUCCACGAGGAGGUCUGUGUGACCUCGGUCCAGAAUCAGACAUAUAUCUGCUGGAGACAGUGGUCACCUAUAACUGCUCAGGGUGGAAGGAUGAUGAGGGCGAGUCUUCUCAGCUGAUCUUUACUUUCCAAGUCACUCCAUGUCAGUACAUCAGCCCCGAGUGCCUGAAGCUCACACUGUACAGAGGGACUCGGUCAACAUUUGGGAGUCUGCUUCCACUGGGACAUUCUGUCCAAGACAAAAACCAGUCACUUGUUACAGUCACUUUAAUUAUUGAGGACCAACUGGGCUCCAAGACUGUUGCACUCAACAGAUCACUCACAGUCCGAACUCCCAUAAGGCAAGAAGUUGCAACCCAGUGGCUGAGGAACAAGAGUCAGACACAGCUGUGGGCUCUGGUCCAACACAACAACCCUCAGGAGAUUGCCUCUUAUUGCAUCGCCCUCACCAGCCAUCUCAAUCAGAUGCAGUCUGGACGGUCUGCUGCUGAGCUGAUGGACAUGGGGGAAAUCAGGAGGAAUGUUUCUGAUGCUCUGACCUCACUUCCUGUAUCUUCUCUGCUGGAUGUUGAUCAGAUCAGCUCAGCCUUGGCUGUCUCCACUGUUGACCCUGGUGCGUUGGGAUGUAGGGAAUGUCACACUAAGAUUCUGGAUGCUGUGAAAAAAAUGAUCCGUGUGAUGGAGGAUCAGAUGAGUCCCGGUGUUGUAUCAGCUCCAGAAACUGGAGGAAACAUCCUGAAUAUCCUAGGAAGCACCUUAGCUGCUGUGUCUGAUGCUGAAUCAACUGCUAAUACCAUUUCUGGACCAUCAACUUCAGCGAUUGCUAUGUCAGCAUUUAACCUCACGGGAGCGCUGGUACGCUCCCUGGUGAAUUCACGGGUUCCUGGUGAAGAACCUCUCUUGGUUUCUUCCCCCUUUCUCAGCACCCUUGGUUUUCAAGGAGAUCCUUCUGACCUCCUCUGCUCUGGCAGGGCAAACUGGUCGCCUCAAAAUGGAACCGUCCCCUCAGGUGGACCGUGUCAGUUUCACAUCCCUACCUCGCUCUCUGCUCAACUGAAAAGUCAGAGGUCUGAGGUUGUGCAGGUGCUCUUCAGUAUGGACGGAGGACUCAAGUCCAACGUUGUUUUGGGUGCAGCUGACCCUCCUAUCUCCACCUCCAUCGUCGGCAUGGAGCUAACCACCCCUCAGGGUCAGCUGAUACCUAUCAGGGAUCUGGACCCUGACCAGGCCAUACAGGUCACUUUGCCCAACAGGUAUAUUGUGGAGCAGGGACGUGAGACAGGAGGUGGGACAGACGACAAAAAAAGGAAGGAGACAUGUCUGACUGUAACUGUGUCCACUCAGAGAGAGAUGAAUUUCACAGUAACCUCAGUGGGAGGGCUGGACAGGAGUGCUGGUUUAUACAUCUCCUUCAACUUCAGCCUGGUUUCAGAAGCAGCUUCUGUGAACUGUGUACAUGUCAAGGUAGGUGUGGACUCUGCCAUGCUAAGGACUAAUGCUUCUGAGAUUGUCCUUGCAGAAGAGUGGACUGUGGCUCUUUCGGCUCAGAACUCCUCCUUAGAGAAAUCCGUUCUUCUUCCCACCAUCUCCCUCUGUCAAUACUACAAUGUAGAGAAGGGGACAUGGAGCAGUGAUGGUCUGCAACCACUGGAGGGCAGCACACUCCAGGCAGCUCGAUGCCUCACUCAGCACCUCACUAUUUUUGGGGCCAGUUUGUUUGUCCAUCCUGGGGCUGUGGUACUGCUGCCACCUUCAGAAGGCCCAGUGCGUAACAUCAUAGUGGGGAUAGUGUGUGCUGUCCUACUCCUGGCUCACCUGCUGGUGGGGCUCAUUGCACAUAAACUGGACCACAUAGACAGUCUGAGACUAAGCCAGGUCCCUCUGUGUGGCCGACCUGGUUUGUACCACUACAGGGUUCUGGUCAAGACUGGUUGGAGGCGAGGAGCAGGCACCACAGCACACGUGGGCAUCAGUCUGUAUGGUGUCAACAAGAGCGGCUCCCACCAUCUGCAGAGGGACGGGGCUUUUCAGCGGGGGAGUCUGGACCAGUUUCACCUGGAGACGGAUGACAACCUGGGUGAAAUCUGGAAAAUACGGGUGUGGCACGACAAUACAGGCCUGAACCCUUCCUGGUAUGUCCAACACGUGGUGGUGUGGGACACUCAGACAGACCACAUGUUCUUCUUUGUGCUGGAGGAUUGGCUCUCUGUGGAGAAUCAUAAAAAUGAAACUGUAGAGAAAGAAGUUCUGGCUUCAUGUCCUGAGGAGAUGACUGAGUUCCACAGGGUCUUCAACUCCCAGCUCAUGUUCGGGGUGAGGGAGCGCCACCUUUGGGUGUCCCUGUGGGAGCGUCCGGCCCACAGCUGUUUUACCAGGGGUCAAAGGGUCACCUGCAGUGCUCUGGUGCUACACCUGUACCUGGCAGUGGGGGCAGCGUGGUUUGGGGCUGUGGGCUCUGAAGGAGACAGUGGACCAGUGUCAGCGAAGACGCUGCUGAAUGCUGAGACCAUGGCCCUGGGCGUGAGUGUGGCAGCCUUGGUGUUCCCUCUACAGUGUUUGCUCUGUUUCCUGUUUAGAAAAGCUCACAGUCAGGUGACCGUGGACGUGUCCGUCCCUCCGUCUCCAGUCUGUCAGUCUGUAGAAAUGGACGUUUACCUUGGUCAGACCGGACUGUCCAGCUCCUCUCUCCUGUCUCUGCCAAGUAUCACCAGCCCAGCUCGAGAAAGUCCUUCUUCAUUGCUGGAAAGCAAAGUGUGCGAUUCCAGUAUCCUGGACUUCUGGACGGCGUCUGGACUGAUGCCACAGACUGACCGAACAGGUCCAGAAAAUGAUGAUGUAAUUGUGUGGCCCUCCUGUGACAGUCUCCUCAGUCUACCCGUGGACUCACACCCCACCAGGACUAACCCGGCCCACGUGUUGCCCCCCCUGAGCCACGCCAGACAGUUGAGAAGGAAAAAGGCCCUGACACAGCUGAGUCUGUCCUCACCGUCUGCCCCAUCACCCUGCAGACAUCUCAGUGACCAUGUAGCUGCUGCACCGGGUCAGAGGAGGCUCAACAUGAACACCCACUCAGCCAAAGGUCACAAUCUAACGACCUUUCUAACGCUGUCAGAGGAGGAUCUGCUGAUGUCCAUAGCAGCAGCGGCAGAAGACACGACUCAUCCAAACAACAACAACAACUCAGACAGUGGGCGGGACUCUCCUAGAACCACGUCCUCAUUCUCAGCCACACAGAGCACAUCCUGCAGCAGUUGGUCGGAUCACAGCGAUGACAAAUCCCUGUGUGGGACUGACCCACAGAUGUGCCCCAGCCCAGAUGGAGCUGGACUCUACAAGUGUCCGUCAGUGUUGUCUGUGGACUCUGUGGCCAGCACCUUCCUGCCCAGUCCUUCUCCUGACUCCACACGCUCCUACUCUACCACCCGCAUAGGUGUUUCUAGAGGUCCGCCCAGCUGGUUUCUCCCCCCCUGGACCCUUCAUGUCAUCUACCCUCUGGUGGCCGCGCUCCUCGGCACCUGCCUGGCCGUGGUCGGACUCUAUGGCAGCUUCUUCUCCAGGUCUGUUGUUCUCAUGUGGCUGGUGUCGGCUCUGUCUGCGUUCCUCACCUCUGCUCUUCUGCUGGAGCCUCUCAAGGUGUGUGUGCAGGCACUGGUCUUCACACUCCUCUGGAGGCCUGUGGAUCCAGAGGUGGAGGAUCUUCUGGCCCAGGAGACCACUGUGGUCCGCGGGUUCGGAGACCAUAGUGCCAAGGUUCGACCACCUUGUGGUUAUGGUCUCCUCCAGGCUAAAGAUGAAGCCCGCAAAGUCAGAGCCCUGCAAUCGCUCAUGAAGAACUGUCUUUGUCAGCUGCUGUUUCUGUGGCUAGUGCUGAUGGUUAACUACCAGGACAGUGUGGAACAGAGGCAGGGGAGACUCCUUCAGUCCACCGUCAGACACCACCUCCAUACAGCACCGUCAGGUGUCUGUAAUCUCACCUCUAUCAGAGAUUGGUCUGAGGCAGAAAAGUGGAUCGGCCACACCUUGGUUCCACAUCUCCACCAGAACCCCUCAUUACAUCUGGUUGGAUUAACACAGCUGCAGUUCACAAACACCUUUGGUCACCAGACCAAAGUCCUGCUGGGAAACGACAGUGUGACGACGCAGCAGCUCCUCGAUGAUCUUCACAUGACAGACUGGAGCCAAAGGCUGUUCCACAGUGUAACCAUUGAUCUGACUCAGUACCACGGAGAGUCUGGUUUGUUUGUCUGUGUGUCUGUUCUGCUAGAGUGGGCUCACAGAGAAAAGAUUACUCCUCACCUCACCGUCUAUCCCCUCCUCGCCCCUUCUUCCUCCUCAGGCCUGGACCUUCAUGUGGCUCUAACAGUUCUACUCCUCCUCUCUGCUCUCCUCAUCUUCUUCACUGAGCUCUGGCCCAAGGCCAUAGAACAUUCCCAAAGUCACCACCAACUCAGACACUGGUUCCAGCUGUUCCUGGCCUCAUUGUCACUAGUGACGGCUAUGCUGCAAUUCUGCUUCCUGUCUGCUGCCUCUUCAUGUGUCAACCAGUCCUGUCUCUGCCAUUGCGCUGCAAUUUCAGCUCCUGGGAACCUUGGGGUUUGUGCGGAGGUGGCUGGUGAUAGGCAGAGUGCUGCAGAGAGCCCGGGGGGAGCUGUGGGCUCUGACUGCCCUCCUGCUGCUCCUGGUUUUGCUCUGCACUCAUCUCGGAAACACGUGGAAGGCUUUCUAUCUGUGCAUGAGGCCGCUGUGUCAUCGUUGUCCAUACUGCGUGGGCAGAUAGUUCUACAAAAAUUGUGCAAGGUCCAAAAAGUCCUGGGUCCUCUCUAUGGACUACUGCUGAGGGGUGGCUGUCUGUGGAUUUUGGGCCGACUGUGUGGAGCAGUUCUUAUCAGGGCCUACAGGGAGGAGAAGGCCGAACUGCACCAGCCAACAAUCGAACCUCAGGACCAUGAGAUGGUGGAGUUCUUCAUCAAGAGACUCAAACUGUGGAUGGGCCUGACCAAGACUAAAGAGUUCAGACACAGGGUGAAGUUUGAAGGCAUGGACGUCCCUCUGUCCAGAUCCUCCCGGGAGUCGCGUCUCUCCAACAUUUCCUCCACUCUCUCCUCGUACCGCUCCCCUUCCCUGUCCUCCUCCUCUCCUCGCCCACCUUCUUCAGUUUUGUCUGUGAGGUCAGAAGACUUGUCAGAGUGGACCAUGUCCAACCUGGACCACCUGGUCCCCAGCGUGACGGCUCUGCUGUCAUGUUUCGAUCGUGUCAACCAAGUCGCUGAAGACAUUCACGACCUGGAGAUGAAGUUGGAGGAGGUUCAGAGCAGGAGGAGGAAAAAGUGGGUUAGUGACCAGGAGAAAGGUGUGGAACCAUUAGGAGAACCAUCACUGUGGCCAAGGAAAUGUGACGAUGGACCGGUGGCUGAAACAAGACACAGGAAGACAAGAGUUUUUCAUCCCAACCACAGAACCUCUGUUCAGUCGUCUCCUCUGUCCUCCUUCACACUUCACUCUGCUGCUCCAUCAGUUCAUAUUGUUCCUCGUACACAAAGGUCUCACUCUGAAUCAGAGUCAGUCCUGCCCUCGGUGUCAGGUGACAGCUUCACCUCUGCAACCAAAAAGCCUCUGUCUGGAUUCAGUGGUUUGAAUCCGGGGGGUUCCCCUCGAUUUGCUCAGUUCCCCAGGAGAAGAGCUUGGCAUUCUGGGUGUUCCCACUCAGCCGAUGCAGCUCAGAGGGUUUUUCAGGUCUCAGGGGGAGUUUUUCCAUAUGAGAGUGGAGGGGCAAACGUAGCAUUCAUGAAUUCCAGACCCAGGAGUGAGGAAGGGGUGAGGAGGAUCAUCAGUGACGGGUUCCCUGUGAAAAGAAAAGCUUGGAUCUCUGAUGGAGACUGAGCAGCAGAAAAAAACAAACGGAUUAUAGAAUCAUCACUUACUCAGACUAAUGGUUGCCGUUCCAUAGUGCAGCAGUUAUCACACCUGCUUACACAUCUGCCUUACAUGCAGAAGAUCCUGGGUUUGAGCCCCAGAGGAACCACUUAUUUGGCACCUCCUGUUGCAG